GUCAAUCAGACAAAUGGGAAAUCUGCAGCUGGGAGGGGAGAGCCGCCGCGCGGGUUAGCUUAGCGCAGACUGAAAGUGCCGCCGCGACACUCGGGCCUCAGUGCUCGCGGAGGAGGGCAGCGCGCAGCACCUGUCCGCCGCCCAGAGCCGGGACGCGGCGCCCGGCCGCCGUGAUCGCGAGGGACCCGCCGCGGUGCGCGUCCGUCUCUAGCCCGCGCCGCGAGGGGACGCGGAGGAAAUGUGGACUGUGUAGAGAUGAGCGACACUGAUCUCCGAUGUUGGAUAUUUGCUUGGAAAAACGUGUGGGUACGACCUCGGCUGCCCCGAAGUGUGACUCCAGCGCUGUGAGGUUUCAAGGGUUGGCAGAGGGGACGGAGGGGACCAUGAAAAUGGACAUGGAGGACGCGGACAUGACUCUGUGGACAGAGGCUGACUUUGAAGAGAAGUGUACAUACAUCGUGAAUGAUCACCCCUGGGAUUCUGGAGCCGACGGAGGGACUUCAGUUCAGGCAGAGGCAUCCUUACCCAGGAAUCUACUUUUCAAAUACACCACAAACAGCAAAGAGGUUAUUGGAGUAGUAAGUAAAGAAUAUAUACCAAAGGGAACAAGAUUUGGACCUCUAAUAGGUGAAAUCUACACCAACGAUACAGUUCCCAAGAAUGCCAACAGGAAAUAUUUUUGGCGGAUCUAUUCCAGAGGGGAGCUUCACCACUUCAUCGAUGGCUUCAACGAGGAGAAAAGCAACUGGAUGCGCUACGUGAAUCCGGCGCACUCCGCCCAAGAGCAAAACCUGGCUGCGUGCCAGAAUGGGAUGAACGUCUACUUCUACACCAUUAAACCCAUUCCUGCCAACCAGGAGCUGCUUGUGUGGUAUUGUCGGGACUUCGCAGAAAGGCUGCAUUACCCUUAUCCUGGAGAGCUGACAAUGAUGAAUCUCACACAAGCACAGAGCCAUCCAAAGCAGCAGAGCACUGAGAAAAAUGACCUUUGCCCAAGGAACGCCCCAAAGAGAGAGUACAGUGUGAAAGAAAUCCUAAAAUUGGACUCCAGCCCCUCCAAAAAAAAGGACUUCUACCGUUCGAACAUUUCACCCCUCACUUCAGAAAAGGACACGGACGACUUCAGGAAGAACGGGAGCCCCGAAAUGCCCUUCUACCCCCGGGUCGUGUACCCGAUCCGGGCCCCUCUCCCGGAAGACUUUUUGAAAGCUUCCCUGGCCUAUGGGAUGGAGAGGCCAACGUACAUCCCUCACUCCCCCAUCCCGUCCUCCACGACGCCCAGUCCCUCAGCAAGAAGCAGCCCCGACCAAAGCCUCAAAAGCUCCAGUCCUCACAGCAGCCCAGGGAACACCGUGUCGCCUCUGGCUCCGGGGCCUCAAGAUCACCGGGACUCCUACUCCUACUUGAAGGCGCCCUACAGCUCUGAAGGUCUGGGUGCUUACCCUGGAUACGCGCCUCCCCACCACCUCCCACCAGCCUUCAUCCCCUCCUACAACGCCCACUACCCCCGGUUCCUCUUGCCCCCCUACGGCAUGAAUUGUAACGGCCUGAGCACCAUGGGCAGCAUCAAUGGCAUCAGCAACUUCGGCCUCUUCCCCAGGCUGUACCCCGUCUACAGUAACCUCCUCGGUGGGGGCAGCCUGCCUCACCCCAUGCUCAACCCGCCCACUCUGCCCAGCUCGCUGCCCUCGGAAGGAGCUCGGAGGUUGCUGCAGCCGGAACAUCCCGGAGAGGUGCUGGUCCCAACGCCCCGCAGUGCCUUCUCCCUCACCGGGGCCGCCGCCAGCAUGAAGGACAAGGUGUGCAGCCCCACCAGUGGGUCGCCCACUGCGGGCACAGCUGCCACGGCGGAACACGUGGUGCAGCCCAAAGCUACCUCAGCAGCGAUGGCAGCAGCCCCCAGCAGUGAUGAGGCCAUGAAUCUCAUAAAAAAUAAAAGGAACAUGACUGGCUACAAGACACUCCCCUAUCCCCUCAAGAAGCAGAAUGGCAAGAUUAAGUAUGAAUGCAAUGUCUGCUCCAAGACUUUUGGCCAGCUCUCAAACCUGAAGGUCCACCUCCGAGUGCACAGUGGAGAACGGCCUUUCAAAUGUCAGACUUGCAACAAAGGCUUUACUCAGCUCGCCCACCUGCAGAAACACUACCUGGUCCACACGGGAGAAAAGCCACAUGAAUGCCAGGUGGGCAGUCUUUGGGGGGUAGCACUUUUGACCUUUGUAGGAAAUAUCAAUCUCAAGACCCACCUGCGACUCCACUCCGGAGAGAAACCUUACCAAUGCAAGGUGUGCCCCGCCAAGUUCACCCAGUUCGUGCACCUGAAACUCCACAAGCGCCUACACACCCGGGAGCGGCCCCACAAGUGCGCCCACUGCCACAAGAGCUACAUCCAUCUCUGCAGCCUCAAGGUCCACCUGAAGGGGAACUGUCCUCUGGCCCCGACCACAGGGCUGCCUUUGGAGGACCUGACUCGAAUCAAUGAAGAAAUCGAGAAGUUUGACAUCAGUGACAAUGCCGACCGGCUCGAGGACAUGGAGGACAACAUCGAUGUGACCUCCUCUGUGGUGGAGAAGGAAAUCCUGGCCGUGGUCAGGAAAGAGAAAGAAGAUACUGGCCUGAAAGUGUCUUUGCAAAGAAACCUGGGGAAUGGACUCCUCUCAGGGUGUAACCUCUAUAAGUCAUCAGACCUGUCCCUCAUGAAGUUGCCUCCCAGCAACCCACUACCUCUGGGACCUGUCAAGGUCAAACAAGAAACAGUCGAACCAGUGGAUCCUUAAGAUUUUCAGGAAACAAAAAGUGUCUUAUUUUGUUUCUUAACUUACGACGUGGAACAAGUCAGGGUGCCUGUAGCAGAUUCCUUGUACAUAGACCCAGGGCCGCAAAGCUCUCCCUCACCUGUCUGGAAUUGAAGAAGGAGCUCCAGAGUUACUGAAAUCUCAGGGCAUAAAUGAGCAAAGACAAUAUAUUAUACAUAUUAUAUAUACUUAUUUACCCCCAUAUAUAUAUAUAUAUAUUUGAACCUGUGUAUUUUGAAUAUUUUGUGUGAAUAUGUUUGCAUAGCUUUCCCCUUGCUAAGAAUAUUGCCUAGCCAUAAUUAUUUUUUCAAUGAUAUUAAUCCUUCAUAAUUUAUUAUACAAUUUACCAUUUAAAAAGCAAUAAUUAAAAAACGUUUACAAUGACUGGAAAAAUUCCUUGUAAUUUGAGUAUAGAUGUUAUAUAUGUUUGUCUUGUGGCCAUUCUUUGUUAAACAAUCUCUGCACAUCUGUUAAAGUACCUAAGAUUUAGUAAUCAAAUACAUGACUUCAGUUAACCUCCUUCUGUAAUAAUGGUUUGAAAAUGCGGUUUUGGUAUUGCCAACAAUGGACAGCUGAUGUGUUAAUUCAUAGGAUCAUGUCAUUUGAACAGCAUUGUAUAACUUGGGGGUAUGUGUGCAGAAUUACCCGGUAAUAACUUCCAGUAGAAUAAACAAGAAAGGGAAUCUUGUAUGUUUUUGUAGAUAGUGCGUUUAUUUUCCCCCUAGCCACAGAGUUACUAGAAAGGUGACAACCUGUCUCCCUCUCCAAAAAGCAGGGUCACCGCACCCCCAGAGUCAUGUGACCAUUCAGAGUGGCCCCAUGACUUUUGCAUUCCCACCUUAUUAUCUGAAAAUGUGAAGAAGACAAAAUGCCAUGUUUAAAACCACUGCGAAGCAUUUCCAAAGCACAGAUGGUUUUGUGUGUGUGAGGUUUAAGGGCUUGAGUUUGGGUGAUGUUUUUGUUGUUAGGUUUUUGUUUGAUUUGUCAUAUUAAAAUUGUACAAACAUGGUGCUCCACCAGGAAGGAUUUGAGGUAGAUGGGCUCAGGCCACACUUAAAAACAAAAAAAACAACCAAAAACGGGUAUUGUCGUUGUCUUAGGGUCAAAGCGGGUAAUGAGCAUUCCUAUCCCCAACACAUCAAUUGUAUUCUUUCUGUAAAACUCCGAUUUUCCUCAGUAUUUGUGUUUUUACAUUUUAUGGUUAAUUUAAUUGAAGAUGAAAGGGCAUUGCAAAGUUGUUCAACAACAAUUACCUCAUUGAGUGUGUCCAGUCAUGCAGGAAAUGAUGGCUUAUCUAAUGAUUUGCUACUCCAGAUGAAACUAAGUGUGCUCCGGAAAGAUCGAACAAGGCCAUUCUAUCUCUUACUCUGCUUAGCCCAAAGAUGACAUGUCGGCAUUCAAGGUGUAGCAAAGAAUGAUGUAUAUUUAUAAGUCUAUUUAUACCACUAUACCAUGUAUAUAUAAUAUAUUUAUAACCACUUAAAUUGUGAGCCAAACCAUGUAAAGAACCUACUUUUCCUAAGGGCAAGAAAAGACCAAAAAAAAAAAAAAAACCACAAACAAAACCCCUUUCUGAGACUUUCUUUAGCACUCAAUGACCUCACAAUCAUAUUGAUGAGCUUGGGCACCCCUCACUAUUUGUAAAAGACCCUAAAACCUUGGUACAAAGGUGGGGACUGCAUCAUAACCAGGGGAAAAGAGAUUGCUUUUUUACUAUUAAGGACAAUCUAAGAUGGCUUUAUUUUUGUUUUGCCACAUUAUGAUUAUGUGGUCAUACCCAAUUAUGGAAAUAAAAAUUCCAUUAUUACUCCUUUAUUAUUGUAAUUUUUUCUCUCUUCCUCUCCCUCCUUCCUAAAUUGCUGGUGUAUCACUUGUCAAUGCGGUUUAUAUAUGUAUAUGCAGCAUUUUGUUCAUGGCAACUAAUGCCAACUUGCAGAAGAGAACAACAAAUGUAGGAUAAUCCAGGGAAACACACGAGCCUUAGUGAUCUGUUCCCAUAAGGAGUGAAACCGGCAGUUUAUUAUGUAUCAGUAUUCGACAAACUUGGUUUGGUCCUUACUACAGAUAAACCAAAGCAUCAUACUGACAUUGACACCAAAUGCUUUCUAUUCCCAACCGUUCAUUUGUCCUCUCCCCCUUCUGUGCUUGCUUACAUGGGGGAGUUUUUACCAAGACCUGCGCAGUGGCUGAGACUUCCUGCUUCUCUGUAGUGUCUGACUUUCCCUCCACGGCCUCUUACAUGUGAAUGUUGGGCCCACAAUCAGCAGUGGUUCUAUUUUUUUCCCUCUCAAAGUCAAAACUGACCAAAGUUACUGGCUUUUUACUUUUCUAGGACAACAGACUAUCUUAUGUUUACUUACUGGUUUACAUUGUUAUUUAUGUGCAAGUUGUCAAAAUGUAAAUUAAAUAUAAAUGUUGAUGCUCUACCAA